AUGGGCAUUUUGCCGAUGAUGUUAUCUCUGCUGGUACUCGGGUCACUAGGAAAGCUAACAGCUCUGGCAUCCGGAGUUUUGACAAGCCAGCAGAGCCCUGAAGGGACCUGGGCGCGACCAUCUCGUGCCGGUUUCACGCUCGAUGGCUGCCCGACGAGCUGCGGCAGUGUGAGCUUCAGCUAUCCCUUUGGCAUCGGAUCCAGGUGCUCCCGUGGGCCUGACUUCAACCUCACUUGCAACGAUGCCACUCAUCCCCCCAUACUUUUUUUGUGUGACGGCAUCACCGAAGUGGUCAACUUUGGCGGUGAUUCUCAUUUUGAUUUAAACUCGAUCUGGGCCUCCUUCUCGCAUACCAUCCCCUUGAAAUCUGGUGUUAGUGCUUACAACUUGUCUUUCAAACCACCUGGGAGGUCCUUCCAUCUUUAUCCCUUUGUUCUAAACAUCAUUGGCUGCGACCUGGCGGUGUACUCUGUCAAAGAGAAUGCCAUCCAGCCGAUCUGCGCAACUGUGUGCCCAGAUCCAAAAAUUUCAGAGACGGUGGCUAUGCACAACUGUAAUGGUUUUGGCUGUUGUCGUGUAGACGUGCACAACUAUUCUGACAUUUAUCAGUUCAAAUUUGUCUAUGACCAUGACACAAAAAACACCAGAGCACACUCUAACUGGACCUCUGAAUUGUGGGAUAAAAUCAGCAUAAAUACUGACUACUUGAAGCUCUCAUGGGAUAUAGGGGAUCAACCCAAUACCGCCUGUGUUGCCUGUCUCGGCGACCAUGUCGAGUGCGAGGGCCACAUGCACGAUACACUAGAUAUGACAUCAAGAUAUCGCUACAACUGUGUGUGCCACGGCGGCUACACAGGCAACCCUUACAUUCCACAUGGCUGCUCCAGUAACGGCAAAGGUAACUUCUUUUUACCUAAUCAAGCGGCCAAACAUACAGCUGCUGUUAGGCAUUUUUGGGCAUUUGUACAUGCUAACCUUAUACUGAUCAAUUUAGGGUAUAAUCCAACUCCGAGCAGGGCUGACUGUACCCGUUUGUGUGGUAACAUUAGUGUGCAAUUCCCAUUCGGCUUCGAAGCGGGUUGCUUUGCUAGGGAAGAGUUUCACCUCAACUGCACAAAUAUGACGUCAUCAGAUGCCCUGGUCAUGCUGGAGGAUAAGCAAGUCAUCGAUAUGAAUGUUGAUGAAGGGACCAUUAAUGUCACCAUUUCCGAGCAACAACAUUGGACCUCCAUAUCUGAACCCGAACGUAACCCUCUCUUUUUGCCAUAUGGUUUUUUUCUCUCCAUCAAAUGGGUUGCUGCUCAUCUAAGUUGCACAGAAGCCCAACGGAAUAGAUCUGGAUAUGCUUGUGUGAGUACCAACAGCAAGUGUGUGGAAGUAACUGCUGAAAGAAUCUAUGCUGGUUACCGCUGCAAAUGCUCAGAUGGCUUCCAAGGAAAUCCAUAUAUCCAAAGUGGUUGUCGAGUUUCAGAUAUUGAUGAAUGCCUUCAAGCGAACAGUUGUAAAGGGAUCUGCCAUAAUACCAAUGGAAGCUUCCGUUGUACUGAAUGUCCUCUCGAGACUGAGUAUGAUCCAUUAAAAAUGCAGUGUGCUAAGAUAAAACAACAACCUCUACUCUUAGGUAUGAUUAUUGGGCUGUCCUGUGGUUUCGGCAUUCUUCUUCUGAGCUUCACUGUAGUGUUUCUCACUCGCAGAUGGAAAAUAAAUGUUCAAAAGCAACUACGGAAGAACUAUUUCCGGAAGAACCAAGGUCUUCUCCUAGAAAUGUUGAUAUCAUCUGAUGAAACUGCAAAUGAGAAUACGAAGAUUUUCUCGUUAGAAGAGCUAGAGAAGGCAACAAACAACUUUGAUCCUACACGUAUCAUAGGUCGUGGGGGCCAUGGCAUGAUUUACAAAGGCAUAUUAUCUGAUCAGCGAGUUGUUGCAAUAAAAAUGUCUAAGGUCAUUGAGGAGUGUGAGAUCAGUCAAUUCAUCAAUGAGGUCGCAGUUCUCUCUCAGAUAAAUCAUAGAAAUAUUAUAAAGCUCUUCGGAUGUUGUCUCGAAACUGAGGUUCCGCUGCUAGUGUACGACUAUGUAUCCAGUGGCUCACUGUCUCAAGUUCUUCAUGCUGAUUCAAGUGAUGGUUUUUCUCUGUCUUGGAUUGAUUGCGUAAGGAUUGCCCUCGAAACAGCAGGAGCUCUAUCUUAUCUCCACUCUUCAGCUUCAAUAUCAAUCUUCCAUCGUGAUGUGAAGUCCUCGAAUAUACUCUUGGAUGUGAACUACACGGCUAAAGUUUCAGAUUUUGGCGCAUCUAGAUUGGUUCCAACUGAUCAAACACACAUUGUCACGAAUGUACAGGGUACAUUUGGGUACUUAGAUCCAGAGUAUUUCCAUACCAGACAGUUAAAUGAGAAGAGCGACGUGUACAGUUUCGGUGUGGUACUGGUGGAGUUGCUUCUCAGAAUGAAGCCUGUUUUUACAAGUGAAUCGGGCACGGUCAAGAGCCUGUCAAACUAUUUUCUCCAGGAAUUCAAAGAUGGAAAUAUCACAAGUAUUGUUGACUCUCAGGUCCUUGAGGAGGCAACCGAAGAAGAGAUCAACAGUGUGGCCUGUCUUGCAGAGGUGUGCUUAAGGCUACACGGUGAAGAAAGACCCACAAUGAAACAAGUGGAGACAGAACUGCAGACUCUGCGAACAAAACGGGUGAACUCAGGUCAAGCAGAUCCGAGAAAUGAAGAACGAAUGCUACCAGAGUCACAAACUCAAAUAAGAGCUACAGCUGCUCGCCAAUCGUCCAGGACGGAACUUGGCAAGAGAGAAAGCCGACGAUGCUAUAGCUUAGAGUGCGAGUUCAUGGCGUCUGCUAGUCUACCACGCUAG